AUGAAACCUAUCCCUUUCCCUCUCGCCGUCAACAUCGGCACCGACAUCGUCCACCUUCCCCGCAUAGCGCGUCUCCUCCAACAACCCAACUACCUCACCCGGUUCACGCGCCGCAUCCUGAGCGACCAAGAACAACUUGACUUUCAAACCCGCUUUCUGAAUAACCUCCAGACGCAAAAGCAGCCUACUUCCUUUCCAACUACCCCUUUUCAGACCCCCAUCACACCCGAAAUGACGCGCUGGCUAGCUGGUCGGUUUGCCGCCAAAGAAGCCGCGCGCAAAGCCGCGCCGGGUGGAGCCGCCGCGCUGGGCUGGAAAGAUGUGGUCAUUCGUGUACCAGAGGCGAGCGAGAUAUUGGAAGGGCGGGGAACGAGUACAGGAAUGGAGGGAAAUGUCAUGCGAGAACAAGAGGGUACAAGUCGAAGGCCGGAGAUUGUGUUCCGGGGGAAUGGGAAGGACCAACCUGAUCGGCUGGGACGAUUGUCCAUUUCGCAUGAUGGGGAAUAUGUGAUUGCAACGGUUUUGGCUGCUGGAUGA